AUGAGCGUGGCAGAUUCAAGAUAUGAUGCGAGCUACAACUAUAUCUGGUACAACGACAACGGUCCAUGGUCCACCCGCUUCACUGCGUGGUAUAUUCCGGGUUUGCUACAUCGAAACCAGGGAGACGAUGUUGUAAGAGCGCAAAAAGCGCUGCGUAAUCUUAUUAAUGUGCAGAUGAAUGAGAACUUCACUUCACCAUGGUACGCUGAUUAUAAAUUGUCCCCCGACGGUAUGUACACGACCUUCGCGAAUUGGGACCACACACUGACUUCAGAAGAACCGAAUCCAACAUAUAUCGGAGAUCUCUAUCCACAAGAAGUCUAUGCAACUUAUGAUCCAAAUUGGCGGGCUUUUGUUGGGUCCGCCAUGGUUCAAGCAAUCGCAGAGUUUGAGCACUUGCUUGAUCCUGAGCUUGUUAAGGACAUUGAGAAUUCCCUUGCUCGCGCGGCAGUUGGUGAGAUGCGACGUGAUGGCACACCGCCAGAUAAUCUCAUUCUAGGCUAUACCAAUCCACAGCUCAUGGGCACCAUGAUGAUUGGCUGGCUCGGUGAACGACUGAACAACCAAACCUUCAUUGAUGAAGCGAACACCCGUGGAGAAGACAUCUACAAACUCUUCGUUGCUAAUGAUAGCAACACUUUUACCGAAUAUAAUUGCCCUACCUACUAUGGAAUCGAUGUUUUCGGGCUUGCCGCCGCCAUCAAAUACGGACCACAGAACUCGAGUUUGACAAAACGAGCACCAUUCAUGUUGACAGAGCUAUGGAAAGACAUCGCAGACCAUUACAAUCCAUAUCUGGGAAAUCUAGCUGGUCCUUACGACCGCGCUUAUGCACGAGAUAUGCCCACCCACAGUGCUAUUCUCGGCCAAUACUGGUGGGGCAUGUACGGCUAUGAGAAAGCUCCUCUCCCGUGGAAAGGAAACGAUGAUUUUCGUUACGAUCUGGCACAGGGUCCUUCUCUCGCCCUUCUGGUGUCGACCGUCAAAUCUCAUAUUUCUCCCUCCGUCGAAGAGAAACUUUUCAACCCCCUCACAUCGGAGCGGAUGCUCCGUAAAACCAUCCGUCAGGAUUUGAAGUCCCCUAUUCUUCGCCACGCUGAUUCCUGGCUCUCCAACAACAUGAUGAUUGGUGCACAGUCACUCGCUGAAACUGUCAACCGCGGGAAACAAUUUACACCAGCCAUUAUUCACUGGGCAUCGGAUCCGUCGCAUACUCCAUUCCCAUACUCCGCAUGGCUAUCUCUCUACCCUACCGCAUCCACCAUCUCGACAAAAGUCGAGCCUAGAAGCCUAACCGUCUCAUAUCCAAAUGCUACGCAGGCCGGCACGGACACUUUCACUUAUAUGAUUUCCGGCAUCCCGCCACCAUGGAGUCUUGCUGGAAAUGUGGUGGAUGGAUUCAGCAACUUGCCAUGCGUAAAAAUCAAUGUCUCUGCAAAUGGGCUGGAAGAGCUGCCUACAAACUAUUGGGGAAACUCCAUCUCCAACCACUAUUAUUAUAAUGUCACUUACAAAGUACCUGAAAAUUUUGUGGGGACACCAGAAAUGAGGCUUGACUUGGAAUAUACUUGCUAG